AUGUGGGUUAUUGGCGUUUCCUUCAAAUCGAUUCAUGCACUUGCAAAAGAUGAGGUUUCCGCCAAGAAGGAGAAAGAGAAGUUGGGAUAUAUCUUACUUGGCAAUAGUAAUGCUAGUGGCCAUAUUAAAAAGAAACAUGUCAGCAUUAAUUUCACAUCAUCGCGCCUAAACUCAAAUAUUAGUCUCAGAUUUGUUUUUUUAAUAAUAAUUUUAUCUUUAUCUUCUUCUUCUUCUUCUUCUUCUUCUUCUCAACAAUGGAAAUAUGAUGUUUUUCUUAGCUUUAGGGGUGAAGAUACCCGUAAAAAUUUUAUUAGUCAUUUGUAUAAAGAGUUUCAUCAGAAAGGAAUCAUCACAUUCAAGGAUGAUAGAGAACUUGAGAAAGGGGAAAUUAUUUCUCAAGAACUCCUUAAAGCAAUUGAAAACUCCAGAAUAUCUGUUGUCAUCUUUUCCAAAAAUUAUGCUUCUUCAACAUGGUGUUUGGAUGAACUUGUGAAAAUUUUAGAAUGCAAGAAUUCUGGCAGCCAAAUAGUUUUGCCCAUUUUCUAUGGUGUGAACCCAUCAGAAGUUCGAAAACAGAAUGGGAGUUUUGAAAAUGACUUCGCAGAACAUGCGAAACGUUAUCAGGAGAACAACGGCAGGGUGCAGCGGUGGAGACUUGCAAUGACUCAAGUGGCCAAUCUUUCUGGAUGGGAUUUACAAGACAGGGAUGAUUCAGAGUUUAUUCAGGACAUUGCUAAAGGCAUACUUAAUAAAUUGAGAAGAUUUAGUCCUAGCAUAGCCAAGGAUUAUGUUGGAAUGGAUUCACGAAUGGAGAAAAUGAGAUUGUGCAUGGGAAUAGAGGAGCUGAAUACUGUCAAAAUGGUAGGGAUUUGUGGGAUGGGCGGCAUAGGAAAAACAAGUAUUGCCGGUGUCAUCUACAAGGAAAUGCAAUGCCAAUUUGAGGGUAGUGCUUUUCUUGCAGAUGUUAGAGAAACUUCAAGAAAAUAUGGUUUGGUCACUUUACAAAGACAACUUUUAUGUGCAACAUUGAUGGAAAGAGACAUAGAUGUGUAUGAUGUAUACAAUGGAGUUGAUCACAUAAAAAAUAGGCUAUCUCGAAAGAAGGUUUUGGUCAUUCUUGAUGAUGUUGAUGAGUUGGAGCAAUUAGAAUUAUUAAUUGGAAAAAAGGAUGAAAACUGGUUUGGAGUUGGAAGUAGAAUCAUCCUAACAACUAGAGAUGAACAUUUGUUGAUCCAUCAUGAAGUAGAUCAAAUAUAUAGGGUUGAAGAGUUAAAUCAUCAUGAAGCCCUUCAACUCUUUUGCUUGAAAGCCUUUAAAAAAGAUUUUCCACCAGAAGGUUACAUGGAGCUGUCCAACCAAGUUGUAAACUAUGCAGGUGGCCUCCCAUUAGCCCUUAAAGUGUUGGGUUCCUCCUUGUAUGCUAGACCUAUCAGAGAGUGGAGUAGUGCAUUGGAGAGAUUGAAAGAAGUUCCCAAUGAAAAAAUUCUAAACAAACUUGAAAUUAGUUUUGAUGGAUUGGAGGAUAUACAAAAAAAAAUAUUUCUAGAUAUAGCUUGCUUUUUCAAAGGAAAAACAAAAGAUUAUGUGAUGAAAGUAAUGAAAAGUGUUGGAUUAUACCCAGAUAUUGGUAUAAGGGAGCUCAUUGAUAAAUCUCUCAUAGCUAUUUUAGACAAUCAAGUGUGGAUGCAUGAUUUACUUCAAGAAAUGGGUCAAGAAAUUGUUCGUCGAGAAUGUCGUGAAGAGCCUGGACAACGUAGUAGACUGUGGCUGUAUGAGGAUGUCUGUCACAUCUUCAUGAAUGAUACGGGGACGACUCUAAUUAAAGGUGUAGUCAUGGAUUAUAUUUUUGAUCAAGGAGACAGAUACUUGAGUUCUAAAGCCUUCUUGAAGAUGAAAGCUCUAAGAUUCCUCAUACUUUCAAAUUUAAACCUCUCCAAGGAUAUUGAAUAUCUUUCCAAUGAAUUAAGGUACUUAGAAUGGUAUGGAUAUCCUUUCAAAUCUUUGCCACAAUCUUUUCAACCAGAUCAACUUGUUGAGCUCCAUAUGUCAUAUAGCAGCAUUGAACAACUAUGGAAGGGAGUAAGACCUCUAAAGUUGCUGAAGAUAAUUGAUCUUAGUUACUCCAAAAAUUUAAUCAUGACACCUGACUUCAGAGAGAUCCCAUAUCUUGAAGAGUUGAUUCUUGAAUGUUGGGAUAUGACAUCUUUGGAGGUGUUUGAUGCAGCAGGAAUUGGUUCAACACUAUUGCCAUCAGUUCAACCAUGGGAUUGUCUUUGCCCUUGGUGGCCAAUGCCUAAGAAGAAUCCACCUGCCAUGUCAUUGGUGUUGCCUUCUUUAACAGGUUCACACUUCCUUAUGGAACUUGAUCUAAGUUAUUGCAGUCUUACUGAUGCAGCAAUUCCUGAUGAUCUGAGUUGUUUCCCCUUUUUAUCAUAUCUAGAUCUAAGUGGAAAUGAUUUUGUAAGCAUGCCUGCAAGCAUUAGCCAACUCUCUAAACUCUUAGAUUUUCGCUUUGCUAAUUGCAAGAGGCUUCAUUCAUUUCCAAAUCUUCCGUCGAGUAUCAUGCAUCUUAGUAUGGAGGGUUGCUCUUGCUUGGACACUUCACUACUUACAAGCAUAAGUGGACAUUUUAAACUUGAAAAUCUUCACUUAGUUGAUUGCAGGAGGCUUCAGUCCCUGCCUGAUCUUUCAUCAAUUGUUCUACAACUUAGUGUGGAAGGUCGAACGACAAAAGAAACUGUUCCAAAUCCAUUUGAAGAAAACAUUUUGAGACCUUCAUCACUCACUUUUAUAACUUGCUUGAAGUUGGUUGAGAUUCAAGGCAAUAACCGUAGGGCAUUGGCAAGGCUAAUAAGCUACCUACAUUUCAUACUAAGGCACGGUUCUCAGGGACUCUUUAGUCCAAGCACUAUUGUAUCAGUGUGUUUAUCCGCAAGUGAAGUUCCUGUGUGGUUCAACUAUCAAGGCUCGGGGUCUUCAUUAGAAGUGCAGCUACCUCCUUACUGGUUGAGUUACAAAUGGAUGGGAUUUUUUGUAUCUGUAGUUAUUAGAUUCCAUGAUGAUCAGCCUGCUCCAGAUACUUUUGCGGUUUUCUGUGACUUGCAUGCCUAUAUUUCGCCGGAUCAAAGUUUGUUUCUGGGUCGCUCUACCUUGGAAAUCUCUCAAGAUUUAUGCAUUGGUUCUGAUCAACUUUGUUUGAACUUUGUACCUCGUAGCUCCAUAACUUGUCUAGAUCAGUUGGAAGGAUGUAAUCACCUUAAGACAUCAUUUUUCUCUGACCAGUUGGAGGUGAAAAAUUGUGGAUUUCGUCCGUUAUAUAGUCAGGAUAUUGAUGAGUUAAUACUGUGCAAUAAGCCUUUUGAGAAUGGCCUCCCAGGAACAACGGCUGCAGAGUACAUGAGAAUGAUCGAGAACAUACUUCCUAAGUAUAGAAAUGUGGAAUACUGGGUGGACAUGAGAAAGGUUUGA